CGAACAUCUGCCCUCUCUGCUGCUCAUCUAUAGAGACUCUGUGGCGUUCUCGCACGCACCAAACGCAAGGCUAGAGCGCGGACAGACAUGGAUCCCCGUUACGUCGCUCUGCUGGUCGCUGGACUUCACGUCCUCACUUGUAAAACAUGGGCCUUGGUGGAGGUGAGCAUGGAGGACAGGGUGGAGGUUUUUUUAUACAACCAGGCCAGCAUCCCCUGUAUAUACAAUAUGAAUGAGAAGGCCAUGAUAAUAACGUGGUCUAAGAAAUUACCAGGCAGAGAGCGAAGCAAAGUACUUUUCCACAUUGAAGGUGAACGUGGGGAGAUAGAUGACAGUGGCUACACGGGGCGGAUCAGCUACACUCAUUCUUAUAACUCCAGUGAGUCCCUGGGAAGCAUCAUUCUGACUAUCGAUAAAGUACAACUGAGCGAUGAGUCUGAGAUCAUCUGCAUGGUGAAAGAUAACACCUUGGCAGACCAGGGUGAAGGACACACUCAGCUACAAGUCUUUAAUGCGCCAUCUAUUCCUGCGAUUGUUGGUACACACAAUGGAAUUUCUGUAGAUGAAAAUAAGCCAUCAACGGUUGCGGACUGCAAAGUGGACAAUGUGUACCCCAGACCCAACAUCACCUGGUACAGGGGCACAUUCCCUCUCCAGUCCUCAAAUGAUGUUAAGAUCAUGGAUAGGGUGACGAAGAAUCCUAGCGGCUUGUUCACAGUCUACAGUGAGCUUCAUCUAAAAGUUGUAAGGGAAGAUGAGCACGCCAAGUUCUACUGUGAGGUCAAUUACUUUACCCCUGGUGAAAAACGAAUGAUGGAGUCCGAUCGUAUCAACAUUACCGUUUUUUACCCCACAACAGAGGUUACAAUGUGGGCAAAUCCGUCCGAAAAGCUUUUAAAAGAAGGUGACGCUGUGGAGAUCGGAUGUAAGGGAAAUGGAAACCCACAGCCCAUUUUUACUUUCAUUCAUGACAAGAACGAACUUUCAUCAGAAAAUGAGUUGCUGGUUUUUAAAGAAGUCAAGCGUUCAGACAGCGGAACAUAUGUGUGUCAAAUAUUAAACUUGGACACAUACACGGAGGUCGAGGACUCCAUCGAUAUCAUGAUACACUAUUUGGAUGAAAUUGUGGUGACACCAGAGAAGCGGGUCCUGGACCAGGGGGAAGAUCUGACAUUAACCUGUAAUGCUUUGGCUUCUCUGUCCACACACACAGAAUGGUAUAAGGAUGGAGUACGUGUGUCAGAGGGACAUGUUUUAAAGUUACACAAUGCCUCCCAAAACACAGAGGGGAUGUAUCUAUGUAAAAUCACAGUCGUUUCCCUGCCUGAGCUACAGAAACAGACGUCUUUGCAUAUCAAUGUGCGAGCAAAUCCAAAGAUCACAGAGGAGAUAGUUGUCAGUCCAAUGAAUAAGGCUGAUCACUCUGUUAACUUGACCUGCGUUGCACAAGGCUAUCCCAUUCCCAACAUCACCUGGCACCUCAAUGACCGACAGACUGGCGAGCCUCUCACUGAAUCGAGUGUGGAGUACCAUGAGAAGGGUGUUGGUGUUCUCAGUAUCAUCUCUGUCAAAGCCAACUCUGAAUUCACAGCCAACUGCACCGCCUUCAAUGAGUUGGGGAUAACCAGCGCCUCUCGUGAUGUUACAACCUUUGCACGAGGACCUACGACUACGACAGCCCCCCACACGAAAGCAACAGGAAUUACUGUUCCACCCAAACAACAUCAACAAGGUGGUAGUGGAGUCAUUAUAGCGGUUGUCAUCAUCUGCCUCCUCCUGCUCGCCAUCCUGGGCAGUUUCCUCUACUUCCUGUACAAGAAAGGCAGGCUGUCCUGUGGGCGAUCGGGAAAACAGGAUUUCACAAAGGAAAAUGCUAAUAAAGAUGAAAUUGGGAUGAAGAGUAGCAAAUCUGAGGAGGCCGUGCUUUUACAGGGAGUCAACGGGGACAAAAAAUCACCCACUGAAUAGCACCAAAACCACACCGGCGAGGACAAGAAAGGAAACAAAAGAAGUUUGUGUCCUACAACACUCUCAGGGUGAAGUCCUCACAACAGAGUCCUCAAAGACCUCACCACACAACAUACUGUGUCCACUUUCAUCCCUCUAUCUUGUUGCAGGGCCCAAAUUCUGCCCAUAUUUUGUAUUUGACUUGCUAAAAUCAGAUUUCACAUAACAUUAUCUGCAAACACCAAGAGGUCUGUAUAUAUGAAAUACUGUAUAUAUUUAGCUAUUUAAAAUGCCUGAGACAGCAUUUGAAAGAUUACGCUUGAACAUCGUUUUGAUAACAGCACACUUUUGGAAAAUUGUUGUGGGGUGUUUGACAAGUGCCGGAAUGAUUCAUUUGAUAUUUGCUGUCAAUGUGCCUGUUUUGAACCUGCUCUCACCUCUAUCAUGUUAUAGUCCAUGCACUGAACCACCUUUACCACUGUAAACAUUUUAACUGUUCUGAACAACAGCAUCACAACCGCCCAAUGAUCAAUCCUGCCUGAGGGCAAUUUCUAUAGACCUCUUUGGAAAAAAAUAAGCAACGCAAGGGUCUAUAAAUAAUAAAAUUAGCGAGGAAAAACCUCAGACCAAAGUUUUUACAAAUAUUUAUAAUCUUGGGCUCAUGUAACCUCUCACUUGCUUUUAUUUGUGUAUUUUUAUUAGCUAUAUCAAAUUAAGUUUCUGUAAAGGGUCUCUGUAUAAAAGCAGAGUUAUGUUUGGACUAAUGUUCAAGUCGAGAAAAAUGAAAGUGUACUGUACAGCAGCCAGGACUGGUGCUUGAGUUCUUGCCUUUAUUUUUUUACUACGAUGACCUACUGUCCUCAACUUGCACUGAAUGUAAAAAAUGAAGAAUCACUUACAUGAUCGCUCUUCUCGUUUUUAAGUUCUGCAAGUGAAUAUUGUGCACUAAGGUGCAGGUGUUCCAUUAAAAAGCAAUUAGGUCUU